AUGGCGGCCACCAAGCGCUUCCAAGAGCUAAGCAAAAGAAAACAAGAAAUCGAAAGUAACAUAAAACAGUUUAUGGACCUCCUAGAAUCACAAAAAAGUGUUGGACUGAAUGAACCAUUGGUGGAUGCAGAAGGUUUUCCAAGGUCUGACAUUGAUGUGUACUCAUGUCGUCAUGCCAGACACCAGAUUUCCUGCCUUCAAAACGAUCAUAUUUCAAUCAUGAAAGAAAUUGAAGAAGAAUUGAUAAAUAUCCACCAAACAGCUCGUGCCAAUAAGGCAGGCGAGUCUCUUAACACAUGCACAAUCACAUCAGGAGAUGAAAUAAUGGAAACAGAACGGAUUCCAUUUGCUUUAAUUGACAGGGUGGACCAGGGCUCACCAGCUGCUCAUGGGGGACUAGAAGUGGGGGAUCAGUUGAUAGAAUUUGGAUCAGUCAUGUCUGAGAACUUUACCAAUAUGCAGUCAGUGGCUACAGUUGUACAGCAUUCCAAAGAUAAACCACUGAGAGUUGUUUUACAGCGGAAUGGUCGUGUUUUUAAUGUAAAUAUCACACCAUCAACAUGGAGUGGUCCUGGAUUGUUAGGGUGCAAUAUUAAGCCAUUGAAUAAGUGAAACGGUCAUUGUAUGCUAUGUUGGUGAUUUUUUUGGUUUCUGUUGGGUACAUUAAUAAUAAUAAAAAGUCAUGGGGAGAGACCUGUUUUUAAAUCACUUGAGUUAUCACUUAGCUCACCACUAAAGAGUGGACGAAUGCAAGCUAGUGUCUAUGUGAGAUGAGAAUGGUUUUGAAUGAUUUCACAUGGGUUUAAUUAUUUAGCAUCUUUUUAAAAUUAUUGUCUUAAUGUACAUGAAUCGAAUGAUAGACAUUUAUCUUUUAUAUAUUAUUCAUAUCUCCUGAUAAACUUACAACACAUGUAGUUUUGCCUAGAAUUAUCUAUUACCUGUUUAGAUGUAAUUCUGGUUGGUAGUAUCUACUGGAUACUCUGGGCUAAUUUAGCAUACAUAGAAUAUACUUAAAAGUUUUCUGCAACUGACUCCUACACCUACCUAAAAGUACUAGAGACUAUAGCUAAUUUAGUUCACGUAAAGUAUACUAAAAUUUUUCUGAAAACUCCUGACUCCAACUCCUUGACUCAUGUUGGCAUAAGAUUGGUUGCCAUGUUAUUUGAUGAAAAUGUUGCAUGUUUGUUGGAAGGUUAGUCUGAUGUUAUGGUUAACCCACAAAAUGAGAGAAAAGUGACCACAUGGUAUUAUUUUGUACAUACAUUUAAAAAAAAAUAAAGUCCUG